CCUGAGGCCAGAGUCCCAGACCUCGCCGACUGGGCAGUCCUCCGCCUCCCUGCACCGGCCGCCUCGCCCAUGUCUCAGUACGCUCCCAGCUCGGACUUCAAGAGGGCUUUGGACAGCAGUCCUGAGACCAACACUGAGGAUGAGAAGACCGAGGAGGAUGCGCCCAUGCCCAGGAACUACCUGUGGCUCUCCAUCGUCUCGUGUUUUUGCCCCGCGUACCCCAUCAACAUCGUGGCUUUAGUCUUCUCCAUCAUGUCUCUGAACAGCUACAACGACGGAGACAUCGAAGGAGCCAGGCGUCUCGGGAGGAAUGCCAAGUGGGUGGCCGUCGCCUCCAUCAUCAUUGGCCUUCUCAUCAUCGCUAUUUCUUGUGCAGUACACUUCACACGGAACUUGGGUUCCUGGAGGAAUUGAACAGCAGUGUGGAAUUACUAAGGCAGAAGCCCCUAAACUUGGGGCUGCGGAAGAGUUACCUGGAGGGGGUUUAAAAGAAAUUGACCUCGGAGCCCUGCCUGGAAGGAUUCCAACCCACUACAUCAGAAGUGAGGCCCAAGAGUCUGCAUGUUCAAGCUCCGCAGCCUGAGGCUCCGGUGAUCAGAAGACCACUGCGCCAAACUUCCUCCCUCCCAAAUCUAAAAGGAAGGAGUCGCUAACAGUAGCCGGCUGUUAACAGAGUGGUCAGUUUUCAUUGACAUCAGCAAACUCGUCAUUCUGAUUGUUACAUCUAACUCAAGGCCAAGGAGGGGAGUCAAGUUACCGCCUCCAAGAUGCACCCACAGGAAGGCUCUUUUGUAACAAUCUAAGAGGCAGGAAGAACUUCCUUGGAGGAGCUGGGGAAAUCUGACUUUGGAGAAGACCUAGGCCAGAGAUAAGACCAAAAGCUUUGAAUAUGUGAGUUUUCUGGGUUUCAUCCAAAAAAACUGCCUGAAGUAAACUAUCACCUUUUGAAAAUUCUGAAGUCCUGCCUUUAAAAAGAAAUUCUUUAUCCCUAUUAAGAAAAAUGUAGUUAAUCUCUUCUCCCUCAGAUGACUGAAAUCUCAGAUAGUUCACUUUCUUGAAAUAGACUGAGGCGAUGAGAGUC